UCCCUCCCUCUCUCGUCUCUCUCUCUGCUCCAAACCAUGUGCCGCUCAUCAUCAUCGCUCCCCUCUGCUUUCAGCAAAGCCCAGAAGGACCAGCCACAUGUGCCCACCUCUAAAUUGCAAGACCCUGAUAUGUUGGCGUUAAUGAUCCCCAAAUCCCCAACAUUUGAACACCAGAAUUUGAAGCACCAUGAUUCCUUUUUGUCUCUGAGCCUCAAAGAAGCCCGCUGUAUAGCUAAUAUCUCCUUGCCCAUGGUCUUCACUGGUCUUCUGCUUUAUUCACGCCCUCUGAUCUCCAUGCUCUUCCUCGGUCGCCUCGGCGACCUUGCUCUGGCAGGCGGUUCUCUCGCCAUUGGAUUCGCUAACAUCACCGGUUACUCUGUUCUUUCUGGCCUCGCUAUGGGCAUGGAACCCAUUUGUGGUCAGGCUUUUGGAGCUAAGAGAUUCAAACUUCUCGGCCUCGCCAUGCAGAGGACCGUGAUUCUCCUUCUUUCUACUUCUAUUGUCAUAGCAUUUCUGUGGUUCAACAUGAAGAAAAUAUUGCUGCUCUGCAGUCAAGAGGAUGAUAUCGCCACCGAAGCUCAAUCCUACAUACUUUAUUCUCUUCCCGAUCUCGUCGCACAGUCGCUGCUUCACCCACUACGAAUCUAUUUGCGAAGUCAAUCCGUGACAAUACCUCUCACGUUCUGCGCCGCUCUCUCUAUUGUUCUCCACAUUCCCAUCAAUUACCUCCUCGUCUCUGUUCUUCAACUCGGAACCAGAGGCAUCGCUUUAGCCUCUGUCUGGACAAAUUUCAAUCUCGUGGGUUCUUUGAUCACCUACAUCUUGGUUUCCGGUAUAUAUCGCAAAACCUGGCCUGGAAUUUCCUCGGCAUGCUUCAAAGGCUGGAAAUCGCUCUUGAAUCUGGCGAUUCCAAGUUGCAUUUCGGUAUGCCUCGAGUGGUGGUGGUACGAGAUCAUGAUUUUACUUUGCGGCUUAUUGAUAAACCCUCAGGUGACCGUUGCUUCCAUGGGAGUUCUGAUUCAAACGACGGCAUUGAUAUACGUGUUUCCGUCUUCCUUAAGCUUCGGAGUAUCCACCAGGGUCGGUAAUGAGCUGGGAGCUAACAAUCCGAAAAGAGCCAGAAUUGCAGCAAUAGUUGGACUCUGUUUCAGUUUCAUUCUGGGAUUCGCAGCAUUGUUCUUUGCCAUUUCGGUGAGGAAAGUAUGGGCUUCCAUGUUCACACAGGACGCACAGAUCAUUGCUUUGACGUCAGCGGUAUUGCCCAUCAUCGGACUCUGCGAGCUCGGAAAUUGUCCCCAGACAACAGUAUGCGGCGUCUUGCGAGGAACGGCGAGACCAAAACUAGGAGCAAAUAUCAACUUGGGCUGCUUUUAUCUCGUCGGAAUGCCCGUGGCUUUGUGGCUCAGUUUCUUCGCAGGCUUUGACUUUAAAGGGUUGUGGCUCGGUCUCAUGGCCGCUCAAGCUUCGUGUAUGGUAACCAUGCUGUUCGUGCUGGCUCGGACCAAUUGGGAAGGUCAGGCCCAGAGAGCUCAGGAGCUCACAUCGUCUGAUUCCAGCGAAGAGGAAGACAACGAAGGAGAAGGAGAAGAAGAAGAAAAGGAGGAAGCAGCAGAGCUAAUAGUCUGAAGGCUUAUGCUCUGCUAGUCUAAGUUCAUUUGCCGCCCUGGACCGGUUUUGAUCGAUCAUCAUACAUAGGAAGGAUUCUUUUAUUUAAUUAACCAAAUUAAAUUAAAUUAAAUGCUAUAAGAUAAAUUAAUUCUUUCUAUCAUGUAAGCUAAUUGUAAAUUCAAUGCUAUACCUAGGAAUAGCAAGGGCGCAUUCGUUUAUUGGUUAACGAGCUAAUAUCCAGCACUACUUUGCAUAAGAAAGCGGCAUUCAAUUUAUCUCGUGGACUAGGACUCUUAACUUUUUUCUCUUUUAUUGCGAGCAUAAGGCAAGCUAAAAGCUGAAAAUAACAAGUAAUUGGUGGUAUAUAUCUAGGGAAAGUCUCAUGCCACAGUGUUUUAGAAAAGCUAGGGAAGAAAGAGAGAGAAAAGCAAAGAGAUGGCAGUUUGUGUCGGUUAGUUGGCAACGAAAACUGACUUGUCGCAGUUGUUUGGGGACGAUGAAUCUGCUGGCUCCUUCAGGUUCAGGUCAUUUCGAGAUAGGCUUUAUGAGGAGGAUAUUCCACGAACCAAACUGUAGCGUUGAAAGAGAAAUUAGAAUGUUCCUUCCUUCCCAGAGCGUUCAUGUCUUCCAGAUAGCCGCCCCGUCAACAGUGAUACAUGCGCCAUCCAGGGGAUUACGCGCUAUGCACGCCGCUUUGCACAUAUGAGGAAUGCCUCAAUUACAUUUACAUUGCACGUAGCGUUGUAUUGCGCGGCUGAUGAUGACCGCUUGAGUUCAAUUUCUGGCACGACAUGCACGUGCUCUGUUUUUACUAUUCUUCAUGAUCA